AUUUCAUACAUCCAUCUUCACCUUUACGCACUGUCAAUUCUCAGACUCUUGAGGCUCACUCUUUCCUUCUCUCUCUCUCUCUCUGGUUGUCGUUGUCAUUGUUCAGUUCUCCGAGCCUUGUUGUUGUUGUUUCUUGCUAGCAACCCUCGCAUCAUCCUCUCCCCCCCCCCCACAACCUGCUUUCCCGUUUGUGGCUGAAUGUCCAGUGGAGGCAAGCUCGCCCGUUCCGACUCGACCGACUCGACCGACUCUGUGACUGCAGACACUCCGCUGCUGACCCCUUCCUCGCCGACCUCUGCCCCAGCCCCGUCCUACUCGACGACGACGACGACGACCGGCACCCCAAGCAACCCCGCCAGCUCAAGCUCGUCGGAUCAACAGCGUCGUCGCACUGCCUCUGCCGCACUCGGUUCUUCGCCUUACUCUUCGUCUUCCUUCUCGUCCUCUGCCGCCGCCGCUCCGCUCAACGCAGAGAUGGCUUCGCGUGGCAACUUUGACACCCAGAGCGUGUCUUCCGUCAGCAGCACUGACCAGCUGCUCCUGAGCCCAACGCAGCCACAGCGAUCGCAGCAGCUGCUCGAGGACGCGCAGGAGCGUCGCAGGCAGCAGUCCGCCGCUGCAACCCAGAAUUCGCAGCCUGGCGCUGCUGCCGCUCCUCAACCGCCGCGUCGUGCCGUUGCGCCGCAGGGCAAUGCAAACAGCCUCAAUGGCAACGAGCGCACGGAUGCUGCUGGCUCGCCCAACGCUGGCGCUAAUGCCGCUGGCGAUGCUGCCGAAGGAGAAGAAGAGGACGAGGACGAGGAGCUCAAGUACGGCGCCAAGGAAGUCAUGGCGCUGAUCGUGCCAGUGACGCUGUGCAUGGCCAUUGUCGUCGCGUCCAUCCAGUCCAUCACGUACUAUGCGCAGGACAGCGGCGACUACCUCGCGUACAUUGCGUUCAAGGAAGAUUCGGAUUCUGGCGCUGAGAAUUUCGGCGGCGCCAUCAUCAACGCCCUGAUUAUCGUCGGUGUCAUUCUCGUCAUGACGUGUGUUCUCGUUUUGCUGUACAAGUACCGUUGCUACAAGGCUAUCUGGAUGUGGCUCUUCCUCUCGACCGUCAUGCUCUUGUUCCUGUUUACCUACAUUUACCUCGAACUCGUCUUUGAUCGGUACAAUGUGGCAAUGGAUUGGGUCACCUUUGCGUUCGUCAUAUGGAACUUUGGGUGCGUGGGUGUGGUCGCCGUUCACUGGAAGGCUCCUCUCCUGCUUCAGCAAGCCUACCUGAUUACGACUUCUGCGCUGUUGGCUCUGACCCUGAUCAAGCAUCUUCCUGAGUGGACUACCUGGGUGUUGCUUGCCGCCAUUGCCGUCUACGAUUUGUUUGCCGUGCUGUGCCCGCGUGGUCCUCUCAAGGUCCUCGUCGAAACUGCUCAGGAGCGUAACGAACCGAUCUUCCCCGCUUUGAUCUAUUCCUCCACAAUGGCUUGGAUUGCUGUUGCCGCUGUCGACAAGCCCGUUCCUUCGGAAGAUGCCGAGGAGGUUCCGCAGCUGCAGGCAGCUCGCAAUGACCCCGAGGCCGCCCCAGUGUCUACUGCUCAGCCCACCGCGCCCGCCGCCGCUCGCCAGCGCCGAACUGGCACCAAUGCUGGUGCUGCCGCUGAUGAAGAUGAGGCCACCAACGCCACCGCUGCUGCCGAGCAAAGCCAAGACUCGACUGCCCCUGCGGAAGACGACGAGGAGCACGGUGUGAAGCUUGGUCUUGGUGACUUUAUCUUUUACAGUGUGCUUGUUGGCAAGGCCUCCGUCUCCAACAACUGGAGCACCAUUCUGUCCUGCUUCUUUGCCAUUCUUGUGGGCCUCUGUCUCACGCUUGUGCUGCUCGCAAUCUAUCGACGUGCCCUCCCUGCGCUUCCCAUUUCGAUUGCGUUUGGACUGCUGUUCUACUACGUUUCGAACGAGGUUCUUGUGCCCUUCAACAACCAAUUGUCAGCCGUUCAAGUCUUUGUUUAGACGCUUUUUUUUUCUUUUGAGGUGAACAACACAGCAUUGUUUCCUUGCGAAUUUUUGUGAAUUAAGAGUGUGAUUUUUGUGUGUUUUGUAGUUUUGGUGUGAUCGCAUGAAAAUACAGUACAAAACAAUUGCCA